GAAGCGUACAAGGCAUAACAGCCUGGAAUCUCGAUAGAAGCCUCAUAGCAAAUCAGAGGCAGUAAAGCGGCUGAUAGACAUUGUGAUGCCCGUUAAGAGUUGUUUGCCCAGCAUCCCGCGACACGGUUGUGCCUGCUCCUCCAGGCAACAUAACGUCAGAGCAAACCCGUAGGUGAGACGAGAAAGCAUAUAAAGGCCCUCUGUCUUUCAGACUGCGAGCUUCCUUCUUCAUCACACACUCUGAACUUUCAUCCAACUCAAAAAGACCAACUCAACAAAGCUACAUCAAGCCCUUCAUCAUGUCCGCCACCAACAACCCAGCCAACUUUGCCAACCUCCCCAAGGACGAACUCCGCGAGAUCGCGGCCAAGGGUGGUCAUGCUUCUCAUGGAUCGAGCAACGCGGCAGCUGAGUCUCACCCCGACCGCAACCCAGACGGCACCUUCACCAAGGGCUCGGAGCUCGCCAAGGAGCUUGGAUCUAUCGGUGGUCACGUCGCUCAAGAGCAUCAACACCAAAAGACCGAAGACGAUGGCCGCAACCCCGAUGGCACCUUCAAGCAGGGCAGCAAGUUGGCGCAGGAGCUGGGCGCUCAAGGUGGACACGCCGCCCAUGAGAAUUGAGCGGUGAUUCUCUGCUCGGAUCGGACUGAAAAUAUAGAGACAGGAUUUCUUGGGCCGGUGCUAGUUUAUGACUUGAUGACCCUGCCCUGAAUAGUUAAUGGAAUGGA